UCAAACCACUUGAGGAUAAAACCAUUUGAAGAUUAGUUAUCAUGGCGUCCGUAGAAGAGAGUAAAACUCCAGAUAAUGCAAAUGAAGAUGGUAAUAAUGCAUCUCGAGCGCCACAAACACAAGUUUCAACUGGAGAAAUGUCUAGACCAAAUAACUUUCAAAGAAUUGCACAAAAAAAGAUGCUUGUCAAAAGCUUCCCGAGAAACAAAAAACUCGAAAAAUUGGCCGUGUAUUCUUCCUGUAAGUUUGAAGGCUGCAAAUGUAACGGCUGGAAAAAUCCUAAUCCCCCACCUACUCCUCCCCGAGUAGAUGUUUCUCAGCCAUUAGCUAACCUUACAGACCCCUGCAGAAGUUGCAGUCAUGCUUUGGGAGCUCAUGUAUCACAUCUUGAACAUGUAGAUGAAGAGGAGUUAAAUCGUCUGUUGCGAAUUGUUGUUGAUGUGGAAAACCUUUUCAUGUGUGUACAUCGUGAAGAAGAUGCUGAGACAAAACAAGUGUACUUCUACCUCUUUAAGCUGCUGAGAAAAUGCAUUUUGAACAUGAGCACCCCUGUUAUUGAAGGACCACUUGGUAACCCACCUUUUGAAAAGCCUAGCAUUGCCAAGGGUGUGACAAAUUUUGUAGUGUACAAGUUUGGACAUCUGGCACAGAAGGAGUGGCAGACAAUGUACGAUCUUGCCAAGAUGUUUCUUCACUGCCUGAAUCACUGGAAGCUUGAAACACCUGCCAGUCGUGCACAGAGAGCAGGGGCAGAUGACAUCAAUGCUUACAAAGUCAACUACACAAGGUGGCUUUGCUAUUGCCAUGUACCAGCUUUCUGUGACAGUCUUCCUCGUUUUGAGACAACACUAAUUUUUGGAAGAACUUUGCUUCGGUCAGUCUUCCAGACAAUGCGACGGCAGCUCCUUGACAAGUUCCGUGCAGAGAAAGACAAGAUGCCACCAGACAAGAGAACGCUUGUCCUUACCCAUUUCCCACGAUUCCUGUCUUUACUGGAAGAGGAAGUGUAUGGGACCAGCUCUCCUAUCUGGGAUGUUGACUUUUCUCAAAAUCCUGCCAAUUUACCUCUGUCUCCAACUUCAGCUUUGCCUGGUCAGGCUCCAGGUAUGAGUGGUUUGAACCGUUUUAGCAGCACAACUGUCACAACCACCACCAAUGGAGAAGGAAUGACAUCACUGAAUAUCACUCCAGGUCUGAUCUCACCACGCCGCAGCUCGCGAUCUCUGGAAGGGGGCGCAGCUGCACAAGCCGAGAAACGCAAAGCAGAGGAUGAUGUGUUGGCAGCAGAAGCAGUAAAACGGAAAGUGACCCGUGUGGAAGGGGACGUACCAACUGAAGUCAUAGCAGAGAUUCUGGCAAUCAUUACAGACCCCAAUGAAAUGAUUGGUCCUGAUUCUUCACUGUUUCCAUCCCAUGCUGCCCGUGAUGAGAGUGCCAGGGUGGAGGAGGACAAGGGCAUCAUUCAGUUCCAUGUCAUCAAUAACUCCCUCAGCCAGAAGCUCUCCACACAGAUCUGCGUGUGGCUGGUGGGCUUGCAAGGAGUUUUCUCCCACCAGUUACCACGCAUGCCGAAGGAAUAUAUCACUCGUCUUGUUUUUGACCCAAAGCACAAGUGCUUGGCACUGGUUAAAGACAAGAAAGUAAUAGGUGGAAUCUGCUUUCGUAUGUUUCCAACUCAAGGCUUCACAGAGAUUGUCUUCUGUGCUGUUACCUCUAAUGAACAAGUCAAGGGUUAUGGCACCCAUAUGAUGAAUCAUCUGAAAGACUAUCACAUUCAGCAUGGCAUUCGACAUUUUCUCACAUUCGCUGAUGAAUUUGCCAUCGGCUAUUUCAAGAAGCAGGGAUUUUCGAAAGAGAUAAAACUGUCCAAGGCAGCAUAUCUGGGUUAUAUCAAAGACUAUGAAGGUGCCACACUUAUGGGUUGUGAGCUGAACCCUAAAAUCAAGUACACAGAGUUUUCACACAUCAUUAGGAAACAGAAGGAGAUUGUGAAAUGUGUGAUAGAGCGGAAACAGCAGGAGCUGGACAAGAUCUACCUAGGCCUAACCUGCUUCAGAGAUGGCGUGAGGCAAAUUCCCGUUGAGAGCAUCCCUGGCGUUAUAGAAGCUGGCUUCAAACAGGAGAAAAUAAAAGAGCCACCAACAGAUCCAGAUGUUCUCUACAACUCACUACGUACUGUCCUGCAGCAAGUGAAGAACCAUGCCAGUGCUUGGCCAUUUCUGAGACCAGUAGAGAAGUCGGAGGCUCCAGACUAUUAUGACCACAUUAAGUACCCUAUGGAUCUGAAGACUAUGUCAGAAAGACUGAAAGCUCGGUAUUACUGCCACAAGCGGAUCUUCAUUGCCGAUAUGACUCGUAUUUUCACCAACUGCCGCCUGUAUAAUGAACCAGACACGGAGUACUACAAAUGUGCCAAUGUUGUAGAGCGGUUCUUUUUGAGCAAGAUGAAGGAGGCAGGGUUGAUGGACAAGUGAACAAAAUGUCUUUGUAGCAUACAGAGAAUGUGGAGGAAUGAAAAAAAAACAGUAGUUGAUGCAAGCAGUAUAGUGAACUUCACUUACUGGAAUUUUGUGGAGGUGUCAGUGUACGUUUACUGCAAGUUGUGCACACUAAAUGCCAUGAAAAAUGUACAUGCUGCCUUAACGCUGAAAGGGUGGCAGCAUUGGCUUCUAUGGAUGUUUGAACUACAUCUCCCUAUUAAAAAAAACCAGACAGACCAAAUAACUUAUCUUGUGCCCUGUUGUGCCCAGAACAUAACCCCGACUUUACCGGGAUUGUGGCUAUAAUGUCCAUAUUGUUUUUCCAAUAAUACUAAAGUAUUUGGUUUUCGGACAUGCAGCUAUUCUCUGAACUCUCAAAAAUUACAUUUGUGAAGUCAAGAAUCCAUGGUAAGACAAUGCAGAAAAAGUGUCUGGCAAUAGGAUGCUAUACAUUUAAAAGGAACAUGAAAUUUGGGCAGCAUUAUUAUAAUAACAUAAGUUAUACACCUUCAUAUGUACAUGCGCGUGUGUGUGAAGAGUGAGAAAGAGAAUAUCUGUACAAGUGUUUAUGCAUGCAGAACAAUAGAUCUGUACAAAGUGAAUGUAUUUAAGUACAUGUGAUUUCAUAUUUAG